UGCGACAGGUCCCAGAGCAACGCUUCCAAUCUCAAGGCCCAUAUCAUUAAUCACGACAAAGAUAAAGCCUUUAAUUGCGGACAGCCCAAUUGCAAGUACAAGACUAACAGGAAAGCAGAUCUCAACCGCCAUUCCCAGACACAUCGCCCCAGAGAGGAGAUCAAAAGAUGGAAGUGUAAUGGGUGUGACUUAAACUUUUCAAGACAGGAUUCGGUCCCAAGGCAU